ACUGGGUUAGGCUAUGGCGUGAUACAAAAACUAUCAAAUUCAUAUAUCAUUUGUGGUUUUCAGACUUCUUCCUGGAAAAACCGUAGCUACACCACAGAGCAGCUCUGUGAGCUCCACCCUCAAACACCUGCGCAAACGACCAAUGUGUGUGGGUCAAUUUCUUCCGCCUCCCCUCGCCAAAUGGACAGAACAUUGAUACAAUUCUACCACUGCAAUAAAGAUAUAUACUGUUUUUCUGAUUAUUUCGAACAUCUUGAAUAUAAAUCAGGGUUGUUAUAUUGUCCUGCUUGUUUUGGGCGAUUGAAGUUUAACCUUCUCGAAGCACCUGUAAGUAUUCCCUGUCCGUUUACAAAUGGCCAUAAUGUUCCAUGCGCGUUCAAUAUAGGAUCUAUGCUCGGACCAUUGCAUAUCAGCGAAGACGAUUACUCUGAGCUGCAUAUUGGGAUAACAGACUCGAAAGGUCUGGUCUAUAACUACACACUGGCUGGGAUUAGAAGAGAUGCAUGUGGAUGGGAGCAGUGCAUCAGUGUGCCACUGGUCCAGCCUGACAGGAAUGGCCUGAAGGAGCAGUGGGACAGAGAGCUAGAGAAGUUCUCCUCACUGGACUCCUGGGCCCCACAGAGAUUUUAUGAAGAGAGAAAAUUUGGCUCCAGUUGCUAUGGUUUUGCCCUCUCCUUUAUAAACCAUGUGCGGGCCAUUGAGGGUCAACCAUGUAUUACAAGAGAUGAAUUCACUGGAAAAUUUGUCCUCCCAAGAAUCAAGAUAACAUCUAAAUAUAUUAAAAUCUACAAAGAGAUUACAAAGCAAGGCUUUUAUGUAGCUGACAAAUGAAUGAAAAGUUGAUUUUGUGUAGCAGUGGAGUAUAAUGGUUGGGAAACUGGGCUUGGAACCAAAAGGUUGCAGGUUUGACUCCCAGGUAGGGCAUGGCCAUUGUACCCUUGAGUAAAGUACUUCAUCUGAAUUGCUUCAGUAUAUGACCAGCUGUAUGAAGGGAUAUUAUGUAAAAUUGUGUCAUUUCCAUUGGAUAAGAGCAUGUUAAAUGACAGUGUAAUUUGUAAAUAAAGACUGCCUCAAAACCCAUCUGAGAAACAUAACAGAAUAUACAUGUGCUCUUAGAACAGUACUCAUUAUAAACAAAGUGUUUUGUGUCUGCCAAAAAUGUAAUUGCAUUCUCUGAAAUGUCUCUGUAAUGGUUUCCAUGGCUUUUAUGCACCCUUGACACUUGCACCACAUUUUCCCUGAUAACAUUUUGCACACAAGCAGCGGCAAAUGUGCAUAGUAAUUUCACGUUUCUUAGGUAACAUUAACUCUGACGCUAAGAACUGUGUCACUUUUCAAAUGACUCUGAAUUACAUUACACAGUCCUUCUGUAACACAACCGCACCACCUCAGAUCUUUUUUCUGAGGGGAUGGGGUGACAGGCUUUAAGUUAGCAAUUCUAAUGAUCCAAGACCCUCUUCCAUGUAAAGUAUCUAAACUGAAAUUUACACAUUUGUUAAAGGUUCAUCACCAUAUUAAUCUCUGAUUUCAUUAAGUUACUGGAUUUAUGAUAUCAUUUGUCCUGGAUAAAGGAAAUACUGGAUA